UGUAAUCAAAUUCGAGGUACAUGUUUAAAAAUAAGACAGAGGAAGCUGUAUCUGUGGUUUCAUUAAUCUCUAGUUCAGGAUGUUAAUUGAAUGGCAGCCAAUUAUAUUGAUUGAUUGAUUGUUGGUUGCUUAACGUCCAGUGGCAAAUAUUUCAUGCAUAUUCAGGACGAGAACAAAUUAACAAUAAAUACAAUAUGUAGGUUCUGUAAUAGAGGCGUCCGGGAUUAAGGUCGGAGAAAUUUAGACUGCCACGGGAAAUGAGGGUAUAUUGGAUAGGGUCAAAAAUUUAGCCUUGCAACAGGUCACCUACGGACCCCUCAAAGAGUUGUUGCAAGGGUUCUUAACGUGCAAAGAGCGUGGCACUCUGUUUGCACGAGGCAUCGGAUUGAACGUCCCCAUUCUGACCGGACGUGGCUGCAAAUUUGUACAUCCCGUACAGCCAAACGGACGCCCCACUUUAGCGAGGGUUUUACUGCCGGUCGGAGGAAGACCAAUGGUGACCAUACUUCUAUUCCCCAGUCACCCAAUUAGAAAAGUUUAGAUUGUUAAUGGAAAGAACAUCAUCAAUAUACCUGUAUGUGGAAUUAAGUGAUGUAGCUUCUUUUAUCAUCUCGUUUUUACUUGUGUCUGAAAAAACUCCGUCUCAUAUGAAAACAAGAAAAUGUCGGCAAGGAGAAGAAAACAGUUGGUUCCCAUUAAAAUGCCGACAAUCUGCUGAAAAAUUCUACAUCCAAAUUCAACAAAUAUGCUGUCAAUGAGAAAUUCCAGUACACUGAUCACUUGUUCUUCAGUGUAGUAUGUUUUAUCCUCGGGUUCAUUUUAACAAAAUAUGCCGAAUUGUAUCCAAAAACAACAAAUUUGUGACUAAUGGUACCCUUGUUAUGGAGAAAAGCAUUGUGGAUUAUUUCUAUUAGCAUAGCAUUAUAACUUUUUUGGUCAUAUAGGCCUUCACAUGUUUCAGUAGCUUUCAAUGUUUUGGUUAUGAGCGUUCCUGAUGAAUGUAGAUCCAGAAAUUAGUCUAUUAGUCUAAAUUGGUAUCAUCAGCUCAGUAGUCCGUGCAUCGGUACUUACAUGAUUAAUUUUCGAUAACAAAUGAAUAAUCAAUUGAUAAUUUGAGAAAUUAUCUUAAAAACUUAGGAUCUAACUCCCUCAGGCAAAGUUGAACUUGAUGGAUUUGGUCAUUCUUUUUUAUGACUUUAUCACAUACAUGUGCAUGUGUUUUGGUAUGAGCGUUCCUGAUGAAGGGAAAUCAGAAAAUCGUUUCAGAAAUUUAUAAAGUUGUAUUUCAUUUUUCAUAAAGGUGUUGAUGUUGUUUACAUUUAAGUUUCUGAUUUCCCAAUUUGCACUUGAAUCUAAAAAUGAGUACAUCAUUAUUACAUGAUAUUUAUUUGUUUAAAUUCUGUCUUACACCCACUAAGUUAUCUAUUUGCUUGUUUUCUUAUUUAAACGUGUGAUAAUUUAUAAUCCACACAUUGAUUUCAUAAACAAAAAUAAGGUCAGUCAGUCUGUAAUUAUAAAAUAAUAUAUGUGUAAAACUCUUACUUCUGUUUGUCUAUUUUCUUGUUUUAAAAAAAAAAAUACGGAUAAAUUGGUACAUAUAAGGACAGCCAAUGUCGAAAUUAAGGAAAUUAUAAUUUAAGAUCUCGAUUCUGAUUCCCUACUUUAUUGGCAUGUUUUGGUCCUCGAGGAGCACACUACUUCGCGUAGAGAUAGAAAUGCCAAAUUUUGAAAAGUUACAAAAUUUGAAUGACAAUGUUAAACACUAAAUAUAAUACAUGAAAGUAAACGCUUUUGUAUAACACCAAAUUUGCAUUUACCCGUUUGAAUACACACAAUGAACAAUUAUGCUAUUAAAUCAUUCAUUUUGUUUUGUUUUCCGUUUUCCGUUUUUUUUUCGGUUUUAUAAUUUAUUUUCUGUUUUUAUUUGAUAAAAAGUGUCCGAUACAUUUAUAAUGCAAAUUUAAAAGAGUUUUUCUUCACACACAUGUAAUAAUGUGUUUCCCUAACAAUAAACAUACAGUUACUCAUAUCACAACAUAUAAUAUUAUAUUGUAGUCAUAAUACGGCUAUGAUUAACUCUAACAACCGUACUUAAAUACAUUGGAAGAAUGAUUACACCUUUCACUCCAUUGCUUUUAGUGAAUGUUAAAAGAUACAAUGAGAUCAACUGAACAUCAAAGAAAGACAGAAAAAAUGCAGACCAACAGAAAUAGACAAAAGACAAACAAGAAUCGAACAAAUGCGUAAUUAAAAAAAACAAAGCCCGUGCAACACGAAAACAAGGGGUUAACUUUUUAUCUUUUAAGAUUUGGGAACAAGUAUGUCGGAUGUUUUUUUUUUGCAUUUUCAAUUUUAAAACUAAUGCUUUACAAAUUGUCAUAACAACUCAAUGGCUUAAACAGAGAUGGGUUACCAUAUAAAGUUUUGGUAUAGUUGAAUUACUCUAUGGUGAAGUUGAUAAUCAUUUUACCUAAAUAAGGAUAGAACAUACAACCACCUACACUAUACAUUUUCAGCGAAGUGUCUUCUCGACAAUUGAUUGGAAAAUAUCAUUCACACCUUCAAAUAAAAUUUUUGUAUAAAAUUUGCUAUGUGUAGAUAAGUUGAUCAAAUUCAAACUCGAGUACCUUGUAAUAAUGUCAGAGCUUGAUUCAAAAUGCCAAAUACCAGUUUUAGGAUCAGGAUAUGUCGGGAAGUCUUCUAUUCUGAUGCGAUAUUUACAUGGAAGCUUCUCUAACCGAUACUCAGAAACUGUGGAGGAAAUGCAUGUUCAACAGUACAGUAUCAAUGGAAAGAGAAGAUACAUGAACUUUUUGGAUACUGCAGGGAAUAUUUACUUUCCAGCUAUGCGGAAGAUAUACUUUUCAAAAGCAUUAGGAUUUGUUCUCGUAUAUUCAAUUUGCGAUGCAAGAUCCUUCGAGGAGAUUAAACGUAUUUGGGAGCAGAUAAAGUCCAUCAGAGAGAAUGUUUUGAGUAUACCUUGUGUAGUCGUUGGUAACAAACUAGAUUCAGAGAACAAUAGAGAGGUAGAAACGUUUGAUGCUUUAGAGUGGGCUUACAGUGAGAACCUUGGUGGGUGUUUUCUAGAGGUGUCGGCUAAAGACAACAAUGCAAUUAAAGAAAUAUUUGACAUUCUUCUAGAGCAAUUAGGCAACACAAGAGCCAAACAAACCACAACAUUUCGAAUUCGGUCAACAAGCUUUACACGAAAAGAGGAUAGGAUACAAAAGAGCAAACACAUAAAAAACAAAAAGAUGAUGACCUUUGAGAAAGUUGAGGCUUCCAGUAAAAGUUUCCAAGACACGAUGUUUGAAGGCUACAAAGAAACUUAUAUCUAUAAAGUUCAACAGAAGCAAAAUAAAAUUCAGAAAUCCAAUAGCUUUAAAGAUUCACAGCCUAUUAAAACGAAAGAGACAGUAAAUCGCAGAGAAUUUGGACAUACAUCUAGCCAACCAAAUCGUGUAGCUAAAGGAAAAACUCAAGGAUUGAAGAAACUAAAUAAACUUUUAAGCAACCUUUUUCGACGCCAAGAUUCAUCACCAAAUAACGAAUUACAAGAGAACAAAUAUAAAAAUGUCUUAUGUUAAGAUAUAGGUUUUUUUUAAAACAGAUAUACUGCUGCUGAGAUUUCGUCAUGUGCAACACAUGAGCGAUCCAUUUUGUUACUGAUGACAGCAACGCAUGCC